AACACAGGGUACCUGGUCUUGUGAGAGUCAAGAUAUCGUGCUGGAUAGUUUACAUUUUUACUAAAAGUCACAACGUUACAUAUUUUAUGGUAAAAUAAUAUCAAAAAAUAUUCUUUGAUCAGUGUUUAAAACAAACUUGUUAAAUACUACUGUUAAAGUUCUAUGCACAGACAAUCUACUGACUGAACAACAGCGUUUACCAGAAAAACUGUGUCAUUUUAGUUCGUGAAGUUUCAGAAGAAGGCAGAAAAUCUACACAACAACCAACCAAAACCCAGUGCCAGUUUAUUGAUCUUUUGAAACAUCAUGGACAGUCUCAUUGGAGGCAGCUUGCUUCUUAGUAAGCUCAACAAAUUCAUCACCCUCUUUUCGCCUGUUACAAUGUUACUCCUGACAACUUUCGUCUGUGCCAUCGCCGUAUACAAUCGGCGUCGGACACAUCUCGUGCGCAAUAUUGAGAGGAUUCCUGGCCCAGCGGGGAUACCGAUCCUGGGCAACACGCUGCACAUCAACGUUGAUCACGAUGAAAUUUUCAACCGUAUCAUCGCUAUCCGGAAGCUCUACGGCCGAACCCAGGGCUUCAGUCGGGCAUGGAAUGGGCCUCUGCCAUACGUGAUGAUCUCUAAAGCUAGUGCGGUUGAGCGUAUCCUUGGCAGUCAAAAGCACAUCGAAAAGAGCCACGACUAUGACUUUCUCAAACCGUGGCUCGGAACUGGAUUAUUAACGAGCCAAGGCAAAAAGUGGCAUCCGCGACGCAAAAUCCUGACACCUGCAUUUCACUUCAAAAUCCUGGACGAUUUUGUCGACAUUUUUCUGGAGCAAAGCGAGGUGUUGGUAAAGCGUCUCGAAACCGAGUUGGACAACAAUGCUGGAUUCAACUGUUUCCCAUACAUUACACUAUGUGCCCUUGACGUAGUUUGUG